AUGCGCGGGGUGUUGCCGGGUCAUGUUGACGAACUGGUCAUUGCGGGGACCCUAGUGAAUUGCUGGGUCAAGAAGAUUUUCGUGGAUGCAGGGAGUUGUGCCGACAUCAUACUCUAUGAUGCUUUUAAAAAGAUGAACCUGGAUGAAGAGGACCUCAAACCUUGCAAAACGAUGCUGGUAGCCUUUAAUGGAGAGCAUACGCCUCCUAAAGGCUACAUUGAUCUCAGGUUAACCCUGGGAGCAAAAGAAGCGUUCAGAUCAGAACGAGUUAGGUUCAUAGUGGCCAACUUCCCUUCAGAAUAUAAUAUAAUUCUGGGAAGACCAACCAUACAUCAGUGGGACAUGUUGGUUUCAAAAAAACACCAGAAAUUAAAAAUGGUGAGUAAUAAGAAUGAAAUAAUCACUGUUUGUGGAGAUCAGAAGGAAUCCAGGGGCUGCUACUUUGAUACUAUCAAAGAAAAUGAAGGGGGACGUUAG